AUGGCAUCAUACCCGAAAAAAGAAGAAAAGGCCAGGUUUUUUGAGGAUUUAUAUCGUUUAGAUGAUCUCAUCAGUGGUGAUGAGAGUCAGAAUGAACCAUCAAACGUUUCGUGCGAGGUACACCAUGCCGCUCAACCAGCUAGAUCCAGGGAACAAACCCAGCAAAACGACGGUCAUCAUUCCAGCAACCGAUCUCGCCAUAUCAGCAAGGUUCAAGGCAAGAAACGAUUGCACGAAGGGUUGUCACAAUCAGCACCGAUUAUGAUCGACGAUGAAAACGUCAGUGAUGUUGAGAGUUCACCAAGCCUCGGUCAAGCACCAACGAAGAAGACAAAGACCGAGGUGGGAGCUAAGGGUACCGUCAAACCACCCAAGGCCUCAGUGAAGGAAAUGGAAAGGAAUUCUACAAAUAUAUCAAAUCUCAAGCAACUGAAAAGGAAAGUUCCGAAGAGCAUGAACUUGACAUUCGUCCCGACAGAACUGCAAUUCUUUGAGGGGUUUGUUUUCUACUUUGUCCCCAAUAAUGACGACAAUCCUGUUCGCCGUAUCAGAAUAUAUAAAAGUGUGCUGCUGGGAGCCGAAUGGGUGCACGAGUGGUAUGAUGAUGUGACACAUAUUAUUGUCGAUCACAGCUAUACGAUGACCGAAGUUGCAGACUCUUUUCCCUCCGGGAAGGUUCCGGAAUGUCCAGCUAUCGUGCUCGAAGACUGGCUUGUGCAGAGCUUUUCGCUGAAACAGCCACAAAAUGUCAAUAGGAAACAAUUCUUGGUUCCCGGGUUUGAGCGUCGUCAGCAUGAUCAUGUCGAAGCUCCUCCUACGGCAAAUAUGGAUUUGACUCGACCCAAAACGCCAAUGCGCCCGAAACCUCAAUUGAAGAAAAGCGAUAUUACCCCUUCUAAGUCACCUUUUGCUGGCGAGCCAAAGGCGGACAGAGCGUCAACGAGAGCAGACGAUCAGCUUCGUGUCGCUAUCCAAGCCGUGAAGGACAUCGGCUGUUUGUCCAUGAAACCAAGCUUCGACAAUGCAAGUGAAUCUCAGCACCAAGACGAACAGGAUCUUGCCCUUGCUAUCCUGCGCCAGGACGACAAGAUGCGGAAGCAGAAUGCCGGUUAUCAAUGUAUGGAGAAGCAUGGCAGUGGUACCAGUGACACAAACCCGAACAAAAGAACCAUCGAGAACCUCCAGGAGCUGGCAACACUCUACGACCGUAAAGGCGAUCACUGGCGCACGACAGCCUUCCGUAAAGCAAUUGGCGCACUCAAGACCCAAGAAGAGCUGAUUCGCACGAAGGAGCAAGCGAUGUCAUUGAACGCCAUUGGCGAGAGCAUAGCUGGGAUGAUCGAGGAAUUUGUGUCCAAAGAUCGAAUCCGGAGACUCGACGAAUCUCAGAAAGAUCCGCGUGACCAGACUCUUGAGCUCUUCAUGGGUAUCUAUGGUGUUGGCGCUCAGACAGCGGCAUCGUGGUACUCCCAAGGCCAUCGCACUCUAAAUGACAUUCGCCGGAAAGUCAAGUUGACUCCUUGCCAGCUCGUUGGACUUGAACACUACGACGACCUCCAACAGCGCAUCCCUCGUGACGAGGUUGCUCACCAUGCAACCAUUGUCAGAAAAGCUCUGAGAGCCGCAGAUCGCGGCUUGCAGCUGAUAGUGGGCGGUUCUUUUAGAAGAGGUAAAGCAGACUGUGGAGAUAUAGACUGCAUCAUCACCAAAGAAGGCGCUGACAUACGUCACAUACGAACACUCAUGUUGGGCACAGUUAUUCCAAAAUUGACAGAGCAGGGGUUUUUGAAGGUUGCGCUAGCUACGGGGACAGGGGAAGAUGCUGCAAAAUGGCAUGGAUGCUCGGCCUUGCCAGGCAUUGAAAUAUGGCGGCGAAUAGAUCUGUUGUUCGUCCCGUGGGCGGAACUUGGAGCCGCCCUGAUAUACUUCACCGGCGACGAUAUCUUCAACAGGAGCAUGCGGCUCUUGGCGAGUAAAAAGGGCAUGAGGUUGAAUCAGCAAGGGCUCUACAAGGACGUGCUGCGAGGCCGUGGACGAGAGAGAUUUACAGAAGGGCAGCUUGUGGAAGGGCAGGAUGAGAAACGCAUUUUUGAUAUUUUGGGCGUUCCAUACUGGAGGCCCGAAGACAGACAGAUUGGAUGA